UAAGCUUUCGUGUGUCGCCGCCCCUGUUGUGUGGAGGAUUUUUUUUUACAUUUUUGGAGCUGCGAAAAAUAAAACUUGGGCCAUUAUUACAGAGCGAGAUAGCACUACAGCAGUCGAAUUUCGUAACCGUAAUAUAUAUUGCCCGACGAUCUCUAUUGAAACUCUCCUUCCUGUCGUCGUUGGUCUUUAAGUGUGUGUCAUCAAGAGUUUUUCGACUUUUUUGUUUCCAACAGCAACUGAACAGCAUCGGCUUUUAAUUCGUUUUCCCGUGUCCUCACCUUUGAAUAGAGCCAUGGCAAGCCGUGCAUCUCAAGCUGGAACAGCAGCAGCCUCAGCUGGAGGAACUGCUCAGAGGCCAAAUGGUGCCACACAAGGUAAAAUCUGUCAGUUUAAACUGGUGCUUCUUGGCGAGUCUGCAGUAGGCAAAUCCAGCCUGGUUCUCCGCUUCGUUAAAGGACAGUUUCACGAAUACCAGGAAAGCACUAUUGGAGCUGCGUUCUUGACACAGACAGUUUGCUUGGAUGACACAACUGUCAAGUUUGAGAUUUGGGACACAGCUGGCCAGGAACGGUACCACAGUCUUGCUCCCAUGUACUACAGAGGGGCGCAAGCCGCCAUUGUAGUAUACGACAUCACAAAUCAAGACACUUUUGGCCGGGCCAAGGUCUGGGUAAAAGAACUGCAACGUCAAGCCUCCCCUAAUAUUGUCAUCGCCUUGGCGGGCAACAAAGCAGAUUUGGCUGCUAAACGUGCCGUUGAAUUUGACGAAGCAAAAAGUUACGCUGAAGAGAAUGGACUACUCUUUAUGGAAACUUCAGCCAAGACGGCUAUGAACGUCAACGACAUCUUCUUGGCUAUCGCCAAGAAACUACCUAAGAAUGAUGGAACUGGAGGAGUUGGUGGCAGCAGUGGACAGGGUAGGAGGCUAGACAGAGCUGAAGACGGCAACAAACCUGCUUCCUCUUGCUGCAAGUGAUCGCGAAAACUAAAAACAAAAACAACAACAAAAAAACUAAACAAAGAAAACUACAGUCUACACAUUUAUUAAAGACGAAAAAAAGCAAACAAAAAAAACCAGCAUAUAUACAAAACAAAAAAUCAUCCGUUCUUUGUUUCUUUGUUUUCCACGCGGGGAUCCAAUUCCUUUUUUCCUUCCUUUUUUUUCCAAUAUUAUUAUUAAUUUUUUUGUAAACCAUAAGAAAUGACUUUUAUAUUAUAUCUCCUCUCGUCUUUUCCAGCAUCCUCUCCCCCCAUCAGAAUAUAAGUUGCAGCAUUUAAAUAGUUACCUUUUUUUGGGGAUUAUCCGUUGUCAACAAUAUCGUACUUUAUUUUUUAUUUUUUUUACGGAGCAGCGACAUUCCAAAUUAAACGAUGGUUUUUAAUUGGAAAUUUUUAAAGAGGCAAGAUUAAAAAUGGCCUGACUCUGUAUUAAAUCUCCUGACCAUCCAUAACAUGUUUUUUUUUUUACAUAACACCCCCACUUUCCUCCUUAAAAAAAUGUGUGAUGGUUUUUUCUUGUGUAGAAUUGCACCCUAUUUCUUUUGUGUAUACUCGCUCCCCGCCCUUCAUACUUUUGUAUAUCAAGUUUUGUGAAACUUUGAUUACUUGCAUACUUUUGUUUCUCUAUAAAUGUAGGUGUUCUCUAGUUACCUUAUUAGCUCUUUCUCUCCUGGAUAAUGAUCGUGGCCCUGUCCAAUACCUUUCGAAAAAGAAAUAAUGUCCCAAGCAUGGAUUUCGUGUAAGUAACGCUGCUAUAUCAGGAAAUGUACAUUUCUUGCCUUGCCCUCGAA